AUGUCCAGCAACACAGACGAUCCAUACGGGCCGCCCCAUCAACAGGGCCAGGCCAGCACCGCCGCCGCGACCUCUGCCGCACCAUCUCCGCAAUCCCUCCUCGAGUCCUUCCAGCCUGCCUUCGUCCGCCCUUCGCCCGCCGAGCAGCCCAACGCACCCUCCGGAUACCCCGGUCAUGGGCCGGCGCCGAAUGCCAGGGACAUAACCGCCCCGACCCACCUGAGGAUCCCGGCGCUCGGCGACAGCAAGCUCAUGGGAGAGCUGCCCUCGACCGACCCGCUGGCGACGCUGCUGAGCAAGCAUCUGCCAGCGCACAUGCGCCCGCCCCGAGACCUCUCCGGCUCUUGGACGCAGGCCGACCCUUUUGCGUCCACCGCGGCCUUUGACCCUCGAGUCGCAUUCGAAAACGUCGACGAGGCGGCCGUCCAGGAGGCCGUUAGGACCAACAGCUGGCGGAGGAUCGCCACGCUGGCCAGGUCCCGGAUCAUGGCCUACGCUGAGCCGCGACACGACGGUCCGCCGACGGCGGGGAUCGCCGAGGUGCUCGAGUGGUGGUCCAUCCGCCUCCACGCGCUCUCGAGGCUCAGGCUCUACUCGCUCAUGCACACCGAGCUGACGGGUCUCUGGGCUGUGCUCGACUCGACCGAGCUAGGCAUCCGAGCUGGUCACGGCCUCGACGAUGCUCUCUCCUUUGACACAGGAUCGCCGCAGAAGCAGCGCACCUUGCAGCGCGCCACCGUCGCCGGCAGCAGCAGGAGCCGCACGCUGGCAUCGAGCCCGCUCGUCCCGUUCAGCCUGCGCGCGAUGAAGGCGAGGGAGGCAAAGUACCGAGGCGAACUCACCGAGGCCAUCGACGCCCACGUCGAGCUCAUCACUCACUGCAAGGCCUGGAUCAGGAAAUGGGGAGGGGCAGCAAAAAGGCUGGCAAGGCAAGCAACACCGCCCUCCGACGACGUGCAGAAGGAAGUGGCGGCCCAGGUGACGCUGUGGACCGACCGGGCGACGAGGCUGGGCCUCAUCACGGCAGCACUGCUGACCGAAGCCAAGGACUACCCCGCUGCCAUUGACCUCCUUGAGCCGCUCACGGCCUCGACGCUGCUACGGGCUGUGCGGUCGCCAUCGGCCUCGCAGGUGCACCUGCUGUCGCACGUUGCGCGGCUCUACAUCCAAGCCGGUUCUCUGACCGCGACGGCGUUGAUGUUCGAUUCGGCGCGCCAGAUCUACGAUCGACUCGACGACGACGCGCAGCGCGAGCCCGUCUCGCGGCUCGUCGUCGAGAAUGCGGCGCUGCUGGCCACCAUUAGGGGCGAGUACGCCAGCGCCGAGGCGAAAUGGAGGGAGGCGGCCGAGCAGCGUGCGCAGGCAGGCGACGCCGAAGACGGGCUGCUCGCCAACGACCUGGCCGUCGCCGUCUUCUACCAAGGCCGGCUGCAAGAGCCGGUGGAUGCGCUCGAGCGCGUACUGGCGUCGUCGCCCUCGAGCGUGACGAGCGUGGAGCCGUUCCUCUUCAAUCUGUGCACGCUCCACGAGCUGCGAUCCGACGACGCGGUGCGCGACAAGCGCAGGAUCCUGGCCCUCGUCGGUCAGUGGGCCGGCGACGGCUCGGGGACGAGCUGCUUGAAACUGAACUGA